GCCCCGGCCAUGCACCCCGCGCCCCGCCGUGGCGUAUCCCUGGAGACGGCGCCGAGCCCGCGGGACCCCGCCGGGCAGGUGAGGAGCGGGACGGGCACGGGAGGAACGGGAUGCACACAGUUAAAUAAGUCAGCUUACAUGAGGAUUGAAGAUAACAAAGAGAAUGAAGACCAUGCAUCUGAAAGAGGAAGGACAGCCAUCAUUUUUUCCUUGAAAAAUGAAGUUGGAGGACUUGUAAAAGCAUUAAAACUCUUUCAGGAGAAUCAUGUAAAUCUUGUACACAUUGAGUCACGGAAGUCCAAGAGACGAAAUUCUGAGUUUGAGAUCUUUGUGGACUGUGACAGUAACAGGGAACAACUCAAUGAGGUCUUCCAGCUCCUGAAAUCCCAUGUCAACCUUGUCUCUGUGAGCCCAACAGAGCAUUUCAAUGUCCAGGAAGAUGACAUGGAGAAUGUUCCCUGGUUUCCGAAGAAGAUCUCAGAUUUGGACAGGUGUGCAAACCGGGUGCUGAUGUAUGGCUCUGACUUGGAUGCCGACCAUCCUGGUUUCAAAGACAAUGUUUAUCGCAAGAGGCGAAAGUAUUUUGCAGACCUGGCUAUGAACUACAAACAUGGUGACCCAAUUCCCAAGAUUGAAUUCACUGAGGAAGAGAUCAAGACUUGGGGGGCUGUGUACCGAGAGCUUAACAAUCUUUACCCAACCUAUGCCUGUAGAGAGUACCUUAAAAACCUACCCUUGCUCACCAAACACUGUGGGUACCGGGAAGACAAUAUCCCCCAGCUGGAAGAUGUGUCCCGCUUCCUGAAAGAGCACACAGGCUUCACCAUUCGCCCUGUUGCUGGAUAUCUGUCGCCCAGAGACUUCUUGGCAGGAUUAGCAUUCCGAGUUUUUCAUUGCACUCAAUAUGUCAGACACAGCUCGGACCCUCUCUAUACACCAGAGCCUGAUACCUGCCAUGAGCUCCUAGGCCAUGUCCCUCUUUUGGCUGAACCCAGUUUUGCUCAGUUCUCCCAGGAAAUUGGUCUUGCAUCACUUGGGGCAUCAGAUGAGGCUAUCCAAAAACUGGCAACAUGCUACUUCUUCACGGUAGAGUUUGGCUUGUGCAAGCAAGAGGGACAGCUACGAGUUUAUGGGGCUGGCUUGCUCUCUUCAAUUAGUGAGCUCAAGCACUCACUCUCUGACAGCACCAAAGUGAAGCCUUUUGAUCCAAAGGUCACCUGCAAGCAAGAAUGUCUCAUUACAACUUUCCAGGAGGUUUACUUUGUUUCUGAAAGUUUUGAAGAAGCAAAGGAAAAGAUGAGAGAGUUUGCAAAAACCAUCAAGCGCCCCUUUGGGGUGAAGUAUAAUCCCUACACUCAGAGUGUGCAGAUCCUGAAAGACAUGAAAAGCAUCGCCAGCGUGGUGAAUGAGCUGCGCCAUGAGCUGGACAUUGUCAGUGAUGCCCUCAGCAAGAUGGGCAAGCAGCUGGAAGUUUAACUCCCUGCCAGCACUGUGGUGCAAGCCAAUCCUUCAGUUUUCCUCACUGGUUUCUUUCUAGGCAUAUAAUGUGUUGCAUGCAGAACUCACUCCUUUACACAUGGAAGAGUGAAUGGCCCAUAAGAAUAUAACAAUUUUAUCUUGUUGCUCUCCAUCAAUUUCCUCACAUAAAUGCAUUCCUCCAUCCCUCUUAGGUAAAGAAGGUCCAGAGUUGCCUUUUAGAACUUGUAGGGGAGUAGAGAAAUUGUUAGACUGGAGAAAAAUUGUGGUCUGUGGAUCAGGGCUGAGAUCAGAUGCUGCAAGAGGUGGCUUAAUGAGGCAAACCCAGAGUAAUUCACCCUAGGGAGAAUUCAAUUUCUGACUCCAGCAGUCUAUGCUACUGAUUUUAUGGUGCUGAAGACUUCACAUAUAGAAGCUGUGCUAAAUCAGUGUUUCCAAGUCUGUGUUACUAAGUUUGAAACUUGAAUGGUUACAUCAGGACACAAAUAGCUGGGGGU